GUGCAAUUGAAUAUGCGUUGUUUACCGUAAUUUGGCUACUGAAAGCAUUUAAGGACAAUCAUAUAAAACACGAGUAUAACGUUAUUUUGUUCACGGCUAGCCUUAAAGUUACCGGGGUCUCGCAGUGUGAACGUGCGUACUAACUCGACGAGCACCGGCCGGUGGCCUGUGGGUCACAUCGUUUGCUUGAUGUAGAACCGCUGCUAGCGCUAAUCGGCCUGUUAACUCAUUCAAUUGGAAAUCAUGGCGGAACUUGGCAUCAAAGCAGGAGACGAGGUGCUGUUUGUUUGGGCUCAGCCUUCCACACCAGCAGUCCUUAAACACUAUGCAGAGGAGCUGGGUGCCGCUGUUGGUGCAGAUGGCAGAGUGUCGGUGGAGAACAUGGACAGACUUUUGCUGUCCUCCCAUUCAGCAUCCGCCUUUGACUGGGUGCUGUCCAGCCUUGUGGCUGACAGCUCCUCCAUCCACAGCUCAGAGACACUAGCUGAGAUGGCCAGAGUGCUCAAACCUGGUGGGAAGCUUGUUCUGGACGAACCAGUUACUGGAGCUGAGGCACAGAAUGUGAGGACUGCUGACAAGCUGAUGUCAGCUCUGAAGUUGGCAGGCUUCAUGUCAGUGGCGGAGGUCAGUAAAACAGAAUUGAGACCAGAGGCAUCGAGCUCCCUCAGGGCGGCCACUGGUUACCAAGGAGACACCCUGUCUAAAGUCCGCAUAUCUGCCUCUAAACCCAAUUAUGAGGUGGGGUCAUCUAGCCAGAUUAAACUGUCGUUUGGGAAAAAGACGCCUAAGCCAGCUGUGGUUUCAGCAGAGAAACCUGCUCUGGAUCCAAACGUUGUCAAAAUGUGGGUCCUCUCAGCCAACGACAUGAAUGAUGACGAUGUGAAUCUGGUGGAUUCUGAUGCUCUGCUGGAUGAAGAUGACAUGAAGAAGCCAGAUCCAGCUUCUCUUAAAGCUCUGAGCUGUGGAGAAGGAGCUGGAAAGAAGAAAGCCUGCAAGAACUGCACAUGUGGUCUUGCGGAGGAGCUGGAGGGGGAGCGUAAAGGGAAACAGAAGACAGAUCUACCCAAAUCUGCCUGUGGAAGUUGUUACCUUGGCGAUGCAUUCCGAUGUGCCAGCUGUCCAUACUUGGGGAUGCCAGCAUUCAAACCAGGAGAGAAGAUUGUACUGAACACCACCACACUGACAGAUGCUUGAGACAGCAGCUUUCACAUAUUUAUCACUCAUGCUUCAAAACAUUCAGUUCCUCCCUGCAUCCCUCUGUCCCAUACACCAAGGCAUCAUCUCGUCAGCAGC